AUGAAGAUGUUACAGGGAACCGAGGAGACCACAACAGACAGAAAGUUCCUCAAAUCCCAGAUGGAGAAACGUCGAAGGGAGAGAAUGAAUUGCAGUCUGGAGCAUCUGAGGACCUUGUUGCUGCAGGAGCCACCACAACUGACUGCGGCUCAGCAAAAACUGGAGAAAGCUGAGAUACUCGAGCACACGGUCCUCCUUCUCCAGAGCAGCAUAAUGGGAGCCGGAGGAGGAGGAGGUCAGAGACAAUCCUUCCAAGACGGCUUCUCCUCCUGCCUGCAGAGAGCGGCUCAGUUCCUGGGGCCUCGGGGGAAAGGCCUGCGGCUCGGAGCGUCGCUGGACGCACGUUUUGCCGCUCGCUUCACCUCUUCAGACUCUGACCCCACUGGCGUCCCGCUGAGAACCGAGGCCCGAUCCUGCUCCAGCUCGCUCACACAGACCAGGUCCAUUCUCCGGAUGCUCAGACAGAAGUCGAAGCUCAGGCUGCAAACACAGACCCUUGCUGACAGGCACACAGGGACUCAGCCGGGCCAAGCCGAGCUGAGCCGAGCCGAGCCAGGCCGAGCCGGGCCGAGAUGUCCAGCUGGGACUGUUGCUGUGCCGAGCAGCGAGUUCAGAGCUCUUUUUAGUUUGGGCCUGAGGCCUGAGGGGGGGGGGCUCGGCGUCCUGCGGAGCGACAUCCCUUCAGGUGUGAAGUCUGGCCGGGAGGUGAAGGAGUUGCAGUAG